AUGGGAGGAUCAAUAUAAAAAAUAUAUUCAUGUUUGUUCCCUUACAAGUAGAUUAGAGUAAUAAUGAUCGGAUUAGACGCGGUUGGAAAAACAUCUAUACUCUACAGGUUGGCAUUAUAUGAGGAGAUAAAAUCCACUAUCCCAACUAUCGGGUUUAAUUCUGAAACAAUCUACUACAAAAAUAUUCAAUUUACAUGCAUAGAAAUAGGAGGGGGAGAUAAAAUAAGGUUAUUGUGGAAUUAAUAUAUGGAUGUAAAGGACACAGGAAUCAUUUUUAUCAUAGAUUUAUCUGAUCCAGAACGAUUGCCACUAGCAAAAUAGGAGUUAAAAAGAUUUCUUAAUGAAAAGGAAACAAAAGGCUCUCCCUUAUUAGUUCUAGCUAAUAAGCAAGAUAUUGCUAAAUUUAGUAUUGAGGAAUUAAGCAAGUUUUUAGAACUUCCACAUCAUUAAAGAAAAUGUUAUAUACAACCCUGCUCUGCAAAGACUGGCGAUGGAUUAUAUGAAGGUUUAAGCUGGUUAGCUACAAUAUAUAGUUCCAAAUGA